AUGUUGCAGCUGGAUCUCGUACAGGAUGAGAGUGCGACAGAGAUGCUGGAUGAAGAGCAACAGGCCAGUCGCGAUGCACGUGCUCGACUCUCAAAGCUGACAGAAAAGGACAACAGUGUGAAAACGUUUAUGAAAGAGUUGCGGAAGGUGCUCGAGCACGCCGACGUGCUCCUGGAAGUAUUGGAUGUGCGUGAUCCGCUGGGCUGUCGUGCCUAUGCCAUCGAACAGGAGGCACUGCGACUGGGGAAGCGUGUCGUUUUGAUUUUGAACAAGAUUGACUUGGUACCUGCUGCCAAUACGAAGGCAUGGCUAGACUACCUUCGUCAUGAAUUCCCCACGCUGCCCUUCAAGGCGUCGACGCAGCAACAGCGCCACAACUUGGGUCAGAAUCAGACCAUGGCAUGGAAGAAAAAUGCUGGAGGCACAGACCAAGAGCUGGCCAGUGGUGCAGAGGCAGUGGGCACACGUGCUAUCUUGCAACUUAUCAAGAACUACUCGCGCAAUCUCAACUUGAAGUCCAGUAUCACCGUGGGCACGAUCGGCGCACCGAAUGUCGGGAAGAGUAGCUUGAUCAACUCGCUCAAGCGUUCACGUGUAUGUGGUGUAGCCUCCACGCCUGGUCAUACCAAGGUGGUGCAAGGCAUUAUGCUUGACCGGCAUGUCCGACUUUUGGACAGUCCCGGUAUUGUGUUUACCGAUACCAAUGCGCCGCCCGGUGCGACGCCCGCUGAGAUUGAAGCGGCUGCGCAAGCCGCCAUGCUACGGAAUGUGUUGAAAGUGGAACUGGUCGAGGAUCCUGUAGAGCCUGUGCAAGCGAUCCUCAACCGCAUUGACCCCAAGUACCUGGCAGACGUGUACAACAUACCCGAACUUCCGAGCCGCGAUGCCCAGGACUUUUUGCUGCGUGUAGCCUAUCAGAAAGGGCGACUGACGCGUGGUGCCGUGCCUGAUUUGGAUGGGACAGCGCGUUCAGUGUUGCAUGAUUGGAACACUGGUAAAAUCAAGUACCAUACCGAACCCCCUGCGAAGCACCCUGCGUUGGUACGGCCUACCAAGUCGGCAUCAACUACAUCGCAGACUCCAGCUGCUCGUGUGGAUGAUGGCAGUGCCGCUGUGCUCACCUCCUUCAGUGAUACGUUUGACUUGGCGGGUCUGUUGGGCGAAGCGGAUGCAGAGGCAUUAGGCGGUGAUGGCCGGUUCUCCCCGCCGCCUGUGGAACCGCCCACGACGCAGGUCGACGAAGGGGCUAUGGACGACGUGACCGACUCGACCCUCGGCAAACGGGAGCGUGAAAUGAGUGACUCGGACGAGGAAGAUGAAGAGGAUGAGUGGACACGUGGGCGUACCGCGGCACGUACGUGGAAUGUCCUCCCCGUCGAAGGCGAGAGUGAGCCAGACGAUGAAGAGCCGGUCCAAGCGCCGCCGACGAAAAAGGCACACAAGGAGAAACCCAUGUUCACUCCGACAGAGUUGGAGAGCAUGGCGCCCUCCCGUGGCAAAGAACGACGCAAGGCGCGUAAGGACAAGAAGCGGAAGCAAGGUGCUAUGCUUACAGAGGCCAUGGACACGUUUAUGGAUUUGGACGCGGCGCAUGAAGACCCACCUUCCCGUCCUACAGGCGGUGCUUUUGCAGCGCUGUCGCAGCCGGAGGGAGAAGACGAGGAAGAAGAAUGGUAA